AUGGAGAAUUCGAGCAGAGAUGUGCAGAUGUCGGGGACAGCGGAGGAAGCUGCGCUGGCAGGUGGCCAGAGAUUUACAAAUGUGGAAGAGGUUAAUGCUGGAGCAGAUGAUGAGUUACCACAGCAAGUCCGGGGAGCUUAUCGAAGAGGUCUUCAGGCAUGUAGAAAGGAGCAGAACAUACCGGCUCCAUAUAUCGGAAAUCCAGUUCGCAGAGGAGUGGAGCGAGGUUCACGCAGUGAUCCGAGAAAACAGCGCCCGUCGAAACCGCUUAGUGGAAACGUCCAAUGCAACGAGAAAGAACUGCUGGCCAACAUUAUGAAUUUCGACGAAGCUAUCCUGCGUGUCAAUAUCGCAGUAGUAAACAGACUGAGCCGCCUGCGACGAGGAGUUUCCAACAAGAAGGAAGUCUUAACGGGAGAUUUGGCUGCGGCCAGAAAGGGCAGCUCCGAGGAAGUGGCGGUCACAUCACGACCAAAGCUGAAGGAGCUGGGCCUGCGAAUUGGCAGGUGGGGUUUCGUGGAGGGGGGGGAGGAUGCAAGCGAAGGGGCACUGGAGGAGGCGAGCGGUAGCGGGGCGGCUGGCGGGGUUUUGCCCGCGGCCGAAGGCAGUGACGUUGAUUUAACCUGCCCGGCGGGGGAAAUCGAAGGCCACGCGCGCAGACGCUCGGCCAGGCUGAGCGCCUCUGCGACAUAUGCUGUCGACUUCGAGGAGGAUGAAGUGGAUGAGGAGGAGCUGGGACGACUGGGGGGGGAGCUGGAGGAUGUCGCCGGGAUCAUGGCCGACGACGAAGAUGACGACAGCACCGGGGCGCCCGGGGACUGGAAGUGCGGCUGCAGUAAAGAUGUGCCUUCCAGCUGGCAAACGAUGGUGGUCAGCAAGCGCCUAAUGAAACCCGGAGUCAGUAUGAAACUUCUGGGCAAGAUGGUGUCGUAUAAGAGAGUGUGCUACCGCCACGGCCGCAUGAUGGCCAGCUACAUGGGGCUCUGCACUAAACGACUCGGGGACGCAGAUCUGGCGGUGCGACUUCGCACACUUUACGAAAAACGCCUGGAGAUCGGCAAGCUGAAGACGGAGGAAGAGACCUUCCAAUGGUUUCGUGUCGCCAACAGACCUGCCCGCCCGUCGGAUGGCCUUGGGCCGUAUAAGUUCAUGCACAACCGUGCGCCGGGAGGCUUCCAAUUCGACCAGGAAGAAAUUUUGAGUGCUUGGGAUGCGACAAUUUUACUACGAUGGCAAGCGGAGGGGUCAGUCAUACAUGACCUAUUUGGGUGGUGGUUCACUUCACCACUUGGAAGUGAAAUAUACGAUGAAUUCAACAUGUACCUCCACUAUUUGCGGGAAAUCAACGGCCGUAAAAACAUCGGCUGGCUCCGGAACAUGUUUUUCUCGGUGACGCAGCAACUGAUGCGCCAGGACCCGGCAUACUACAUGUUGUAUGCAGCUUUGCGACCCGACCGAGCUUGGAGGCUGGUUAGUUACCUAUACUACGCGAAGUAUAGUGUUCCCGGCGACGGGACCUACUUUUGCCAUAUAGAUUUGAAUAUUCCGGACCUGCUGGCGAACAAGCGCGGGGUGGCUAUGAUCCAGGGCACCGUGUCCCUCGACGAGGAAGACGAAGAGAACUGCACCUUUAUCUUGCCCGGGAUGCAGCACAGACUCGGAGAGUGGUGGGAGAGGGUAAAGGAGCGGGGUCAAGAGACUUCCGGUUUCGUCCACCGCAUUACGGACCAAUUAUUCACCAAGGAAGACUCGGAACUGUUGGGAGUGAGAUGGAAGAAGACGCCCUGCCAACCUGGAGAGGUGCGCAUUACCUUGCCAUCAAUUCCGCACGGAGCUACCGGGCCCACAACAAAAAUCCGCCGCACUAUGCUCCCCUGGUUCGUCGGGGUGCAGGAUGACGAAAGCUCACUGGAGGUUGUAGAGGGAGGGACGUGGGAGGAGCUGGCGACAGCACACCGGGACUUCGUAGCCCCCAAAGCCACGCCAUCUGGGUUGGCAAAUCGAUACGGAGCUAUCCCCUACCGGUUCCCAGCCUGUGUGGAGCUCGCCGGGCUCGGGGCGGUAUCAGAUGCUCUUGUAUGCAGGAGAAGAUGGAGCUCGCCGGCGGUGGUAAGAGAGAGGGAUGUCCUGCUGGGGAAGGACAGGGCUGCGGCCCAUGAAUUUAUUAGGCGGUGGAGAGAGCAUGCUAUUAAGGCAGCUCUGGAGGCGUUUGCGGCAGUGAGGGAAGAAGAGAAGCGCGUGUUUGGAGAGAAGUCGUACUAUUACUACAAGGAACGGCUCGAACUACUGGGCAUUCCCAUGCCAGCUGUAGUGCCGGACCCUGACGUAUUGGGCGAUGAGGAACUCGAGGAGGCAGGAGGCGAGGGGCUAUUGUUUGCGGAGGAGGGUGAGGAGGGGGUAGGAGCGGACGAAAUGGUGAUGUAG